AUGGUUGCUGGAUAUCAGCGGCUGAACGAGAGGAAGUCGCAGCCGAAUCCAAACAUUGUCUUUAUCAAACCCUUGGCUGGGCCCGAUGAGAAGGUUGCCCGAGAUUUCUUGGAGAGGAUAGCAGCACAGUGCCGACCUAUCAUGCGAGAACACACCCUCCUCGUCACCUCUCUGGAGGAGUAUGAACCGAACCGUGAAUUUGUUGGGCGCAAUUUCAACGCUGGAGAGGUUGUACAGCUUGUCCUAAAAUCACCUAGCACCGGCCGGUGGCUUCCAUUUGAGUACGUUCAGAUGGUCAUGAUGCAUGAGUUGGCGCAUUGCAAGCAGAUGAACCACUCCCGGGCAUUCUGGGCCGUGAGAAACUCGUAUGCAGCGCAGAUGACUGAACUUUGGUCAAAGGGCUACACGGGAGAUGGUGUCUGGGGCCGGGGCGCAAAUCUAGGGAGUGGCCAGUGGGAGAGUAAUACAGUACUUGCGGACGAAGUCUUACCAGAGCACCUCUGUGGAGGCACAUACAGAUCCCGAAGGAAGCGGAAGGCAAAACCGACCUUGACAUAUCAGGAGAAAAAGGAGAGAAGGAUCCUAAACAAGUUUGGGAAGAACGGGAUGGCCCUUGGAGCGGAUGAGGAGACUAAAGUUAAGCUGGAAAGGGGGAAGAAGGUACAGGGCAAACCUCGCGUGGCUGGAAGUGCAAGGGGGCGAGAACUCCGGGCUGCGGCGGCGCUGGCACGCUUUGGGAAUCAGAAGGAGGAGUCACCACCCCCCAAAGAGGAGGAUAUCGAGACGGAGUCGGGCAGCGAGAGCGAGUACGAUGACGAGGCGAUGAGACCCAUUACGAAAGACGCUGUGGAUGCCAAUGGCAAGAGGAUGUUGGAUGGAAAAGGGCAAGGAAUGGUCAAGGUAUGCGAAGAUGAAGAUGCCGAUGACCCUUCGGCGAGGAACGAGCUUGUUGAACUACGAGACAUGUUCAGGAGGGUUAAGAGGGAGUCGCCCGAGGCACAGGCCCCGGCAGUAGCGAGGGACGUCAAAGGGAAAGGGAGAGUCAAGCAGGAACCUCUCGACGAUGAUCUGGACGAGGAAUCGAGCCAAAGGGUCAAGGCGGAGCCGAUCGAUGAGCCUUCGGGGAUCGAUGUACCAGCAAGGUCAACAACAGCGAUCAAGGCUCGCCCGGGCGUAUCUGAGCCAAACAGGCCUGUCAGGAAUAGUGAGAGUGCACAAAACACGUCGUGUUCAAUGUGCUCGUUCUCCAAUCCCAGACCAGCACUCACUUGCGCCAUGUGCGCCAAUGUGUUGGAUCCUACGGCAACCUCCACGUCAUGGCAAUGCCAAAGCGACGCAUGCAGGGACACACUUUAUCACAACGCGGGCGACUGCGGAGUGUGUGGGCUUUGCGGGCAGAGGCGAGGGGAUGCUGGCGAGGUCUAA